AUGAGCUCGUCCACGUACAGGUCGCCGGUGUUCAUCGGCCUCCUGGUGGUGAUGUCCGUGGCCUUGGUGCUCCUUCUGCACCACUGCAUCCUCGUCAGCUGCUGCAACGGCGAGAGAAUCCGCAGGGGGAGCCGACGGCGAGGUGCCACGGCGCGGCAGCAAGAAGAGCAGCCGGAAGAGAGCGUGGGCGACCUGAGCUCGUCGUCGCGGGUGCAGCUGGUGGCGAAGCCGGUGGUGUGCCGGUACCGGAAGGACGAGGAGUGGAGCGAGCCGACGUGCCCGGUGUGCCUUGCGGACUUCGCGGACGGCGAGGCGGUGAGGGUGCUGCCGGAGUGCCUGCACUACUUCCACGCGGACUGCAUCGACACCUGGCUCCGCGCAGGCAACACCAGCUGCCCGAUGUGCCGCGCCGAGACCACGCCCACGCCGUCGCCCAGCCCCGCCGGGUCACUCCACCACCAGCUCUCCCUCGACAUCUCCCUCGAGGACAUCCUAAUCCGCACGUAG